CAGGUCUGGAGUUCCAGUAGGCCGUGGGUUGAACCAUAAAGGCGUGUAUCUCGCGCUCUCCCGAACAAACGAGAACCACGAGAGCAGCGCGCAAGGCACCCCACGUACGCAACACCCCCCACCCCCUUCCCGCUAACGACAAUUAUCCGGUCUUUAAUUGUUUACUUCAAGGCCUUCAUGGUUCCUGGCAGGUUGGUACGCUUACAUUACGCUGGCGUCUGCCUCAUCUGCGUUUCGCUCGCCGUCUUCUUUGUUUUCUACGGCGGUGACCAAAUGUUAGCCGUCAAACGCCACGCGCGGUUAGCGAAAGCCAACCAGAGGCAGCAGCAAAGCAACGCGGUCACUAUCUUGUUCUGGACCAAGGUGUUCGGCGACUAUCUCGAGGUGCUGUCCGAUGCCGAUAGCGGGCUCGUGUCCUACAACUGCAGCGUCCCUUGCUACCUGACCAGGGACAGGAGUCUGAUAAGAUCGGCGGACGCCGUCGUGAUACACGAGAGGGACGCCAAUGCAAGUGACCUUCCCAGAUACCGCGCAGAGCAUCAGCGUUGGGUGUACUGGAAUAAGGAGGCGCCCCCCAACAGCCAUACCGAGAAAAUGGAGAGCCUCAGGGGCGUCUUCAACUGGACAUACACCUACCGCCGCGACUCGGACGUGCCGCAUCCGUACUUCUUCGUGCGUUCCGUCGUCCGCCCUAGGACGGUGCCACCAGCCGAAUAUACGCCGGCAUUGAACCAGACCAGACUGGUCGCCUGGGCCGCCAGCCACUGCCGGACCGCAAGCCGCCGGGAGAAGUUCGUCGACGCGCUCCGCAAGCACAUGGCGGUAGACGCGUUCGGCUCUUGCGGAAACCUCGCAUGCCCGCCGAACGAGGACUGCUUUGCUCGUAUCGGCGAGAGGUACUACUUCUACCUGGCCCUGGAAAACGCCGUGUGCCGCGACUACGUCACGGAGAAGCUCUACAACGCGCUCCAACACGACAUGGUUCCGGUGGUGAUGGGAAGGUACGCCGCCAGCCUGGCGCCUCCCGGAUGUUGCAUCGACGCGCUUCGGUUCGCGUCUCCCGAGCGCCUCGCCGCGUACCUGAAGGCGGUGGCCGCCAAUGCCACGCAGUACCAGUCUUACUUCGCUUGGAGGAAGACGCACGAGGUCCGAUAUCACCGUUUCGCGGAUCACUGCGUCCUCUGCGAGGCGCUCUCCAGAGCUCGUCCAGACGAACGCAAGACGUACGAGGACAUCAUCGAGUGGUGGCACGGCAACGGAUCCGCCUGCGUGCAGUGGAAGCCGGCCAGCUGAGUCUUGUUUUCGAUGGACUGUCGAGCAUGUCCCUUCGACCAGUAUUGCCUUUCCUACUCAGAACCGCUGAGCCAAGCCAUCAGUGAGGACAGGGUGGCGGCCUACCCGCCGAGCGGAUUGCCUACCCGCAGUGGUUCUCACAUUUUGUUGCCGAACAGGUAUCAGGUUCAAUUCCCGCCCACAUUCCUACAAAGGGGGCGGUGAGGAGAAGUUGUGUGACUAGCCAUAAUACGUGAGGGGUCCUUAUGAUGCAAGGUUGUGUGGUAUAAUACAUUGGAGAAUGCUUAUCUUCA